CCUAGGUGACCCAAAAGCCUGCUUCCGUGGAUCCCGCUCGUCAACAGCUAUCGCGCAUGGCCGAAUGUCGCUCGGUCCGUGGAAACUUAGCUAUCGCUCGUCCUAACUUCUUGCUUCGUCUCAAUGUCACCUGCGCUCGCUUUGGACAAUCGCGUUCCAUGCGCUCAGCAGUUAAGAGUCGACCCCUCAGCUGUUAGAGUCGACCCCUCAGCAGGUACUAAACACUGCCUCUCUCUCCAUUCGAGAGCAAGGGUUUCGUCCCAUCGAUCCGUCCCAGAUUCUUUUUACUAUCUGCAUAGCGAAUUCCCAUACUCCCUCCAGCGACUCUUCGUCUCAGACUCUUAGCAUACCGUUCGACGAUUCUUAGCUCCACAGCUAUCAUCGUACCGCGGCGGCGGCUACUACUAGCAGCAGCAAUUCCAAUGGCACCUUCACUUCUAUCCUCCUCGUUCUCAACGCCAGACGGGCCUCGUCCCAUCCUCUCAUCCUCGUCCUCCCUCAACCGCGCUAAUCUCUGCGCGCGGCAGCACUCCAUCGUCUUCUCCGUCUCCUACGACGGCCGCACCGUCAGCAUCUGCGUGGCGUGCGCGCUCCUCGACUUUCUCGUGAAAUUAAUCUUCUUCAUCCCGCGCUUUAUUCUCGUCCUCGCGAGCUUCGGCGUGCCGCUCCUGCUGCUCCCCGUGGGCUCGCUCAUCGACCUGACCUCCCCGCCGAUGCUGGUGGCGCAAGCCGUUGCACUCAUCUGGUACACGUGUUACCUGCCCGGGUUACAGACGUUACAGUCGAAGCGCGACAGUUUCAACCGCAAGCGGCGGAUGCUGCAAGCCGUGGAGGCUCGGAAAACGCGCAACGACACGGGAGAUUCGCGGAAUUUUCGCGCGGAGAUCGCUUCUGCGCUGGUAACCAGCCCAGCGAAGUCGUGUGCUGCGACUGAGAUGGGGCACCGGACGUGCGAAGACGAGGCGGUUAACAGAAGAAGCAUAAGGCAAAGAAUUGGCGAAAAUCUCCAGUGUUUGCGAAGACUAGCUUGCGAGAAGGCGACUUUCGCCUCGCGAGGGUUGCGACACGGCCUCGAUUCCGCGAAAAACGCCAUCACGUGCUCAUGCUGGCGGCUUAUGGUGUCCGCAAGAGUUACGGUAACCACUACAGUAACAACGGCCGCAGCUACAGUAACGGCUACAGCCGCCGCUACAGCCCGAUGGGCCGCCAUGUCCGCCCAGGCUGCCGUCUUCACUUGCGCUCAACUCCCGGGUGCCGCUACUGGCCUUGCUGUGAGGAUGCUUGCUGCCACGUGGAUGCUCCUUGUAACGCGGAUGCAGCGCCGGCAGUUGGCGUCGGAUUCUACCGAGGCGGAAGGAUCGGCGGAAGGAUCGGCGGAGCUCUGCGCGAGGGAGGCGGGGGAGAGGACGCGGAAGCGGGGCAAGGGGCGGAAGGGAGCGCGCCAUGCUAGGGGAGGCGGCGGAAAGGCUGAAUUCGAGGCGCUGGAGCAUAACGGAUGUGAUAAUGACGUGGCAGGGAGGGAGGAGGGGGGAAAGAUUGAGCAGAGCAGGGAGGAAGAGUCAGAGAAUGACGUGGCAGCGCUGCAGGCGGCGGAAAUUCCGGAAGUCUCGGAAAUUUCUGAGGCUCCAGAGCUGGUGGAGGGUUUGCUUGAGGAGAAGGAAGCUUCGGCGAAGGAGCGUUUGAGGAAGAGGGCUGUCAGGAAGCAGCGGCGGGCGAGGCGUGAGCGUGCCACGUCGGAGGCGCUCCAAGAAGAAUCCAUGUCAGACGCUGAAGCCACGCCCAUGCAGGCUGACGUGGAGCUGACGCAGCAGGAUAUUAACGUGAAGAGCGGAGAGGAGCAGUUGCCGCAAUUGACGCGAUUAACGCCGCCCGAGCUGUCGCAACUGAUUGAUCAGCUGAAGCGAUUGGCUGCUGGACAAGGGUGCGACAGUGGCGAGAGUGACUCUAACGACAGCAGCAAUGCGGACUGCAGCUCCCCCUUGCACCUGGAGCCAACUUAUGCUACAAAGCCCAAGCUCACUGUCCGCCAAUCCCGCCAAUCCAAGUCAUCUUCUGACGCCAGCAUGGUCAGUGGCUGGGAAAGCAGCAGCAGCAGCUGCUGCGGCGGCGGCAGCAGUGGCAGCGACAGCAACAUCGUCAGCAGGAGCAGCAGCGGCUGCAGCAGCAGUGCCAGUAGGAGGAGUGGUGGCUCCUACAGUGGUGGCUCCUGUAUCAUUGGGCAACCGGACUUGGUUGCUGCCUCAACUUUGCCAUCCCCUUACACCCUUCCUUCCUCCUCCACCUCAUUCCCCACCUCCUCCCUCCCUACUCUCUCCCCUUCCCUGUCCUCACUCACCCUCCCCUCACCCGUCUCGCCUGCGGAUAUGCUCCUUCCAAGCUCCACUGGCCCCACGCACCUGCAGCCAUGGCAACACCAUCACCAGCAGCAGCAGCAGCAGCAGCAGUCGCGGGCAGCAGUGACAGCAGCAGCGGCACAAUGGGAGAUGUGGGGCUCGCCUCACCUCAACUUCCAGAACCUGCUGCUUCAGCAGGGGGAAGAGGAACAAGGGAACGCCAACACAAACACGAGCAGUCUUUGCUGGAGCCCGGACGACAAGCCAUGGCUGCCCUCCCCCACCCCUCUCUCCUCCUCACUAAAAGCCCCGGGAAUGCCGGCCUCCAGAAUCUCCACCUCUGGCUUCGAUUGGCUGGAGAGAGAGGGUGAUGGCAUGCUGCCGCCUCCUGCUGUGCCGGUCCAUGUGGAGUAUCCUGCGGCUGGCGUCCUGUCUGGUGGCGUCCCUCCACCACCCCUUGGCCACUAUUACAGUAUCACCGCCGAGCGUACCAGCAUUCAAAAUAACACGGGCUUUGGGAGUGCUGGCCACGAAAAGCAGCAGCAGCGAUGUGUGCCGUUGGGCAGCCUAUUGCCUGGCUCUCUGUUUGAGAGAAACGACCAAGUCCUAUCGUCGCCUGGGGAUUAUGCGCUCCUGGGUUCAGGAUUUGCAGAAAGGAUAACCCUGGAGGAUGUCCUUUACACUAGGGAAGCGAUUGAGGAAUGGGUGCUAUAGGGUGCAGCUGAUGUACAAACUUGCUGUAUGUGUUGAAAGAAUUUUGUUGCUACCUCUUGAUAUCAAGUAUAUGUGCAUAAU